GCAAAUUUCGUGUGUCGCAAUCUUGUGCUCUACGACAGACCGCAGCAGAACCCGUUUCGCGAACUUGUUCCUCUGACACGACAACAUCCGAUUCUUCUUCAAAUCAUCAUUGCACUGUCCGCGCUACACAUGUUCAAUGCAUCUCAGAAAUUUUCGAGACCGAAGCACGAAACUCACAAAGCACAAUCCCGGCGUCACUGCCAUGAGUCUUCUCGGCAAUAUUUGGAUGCCCUCGCGGCAAAGCAGCGAGCUUUGGUCAUGCUGAGAUGCGCUCUACUCGACGCAGAGAAUGUCGACACUGAUGUCGUUUUGGCAGUAAUGGUAUUGUUUAUCGAAUUUGAGCUUUUGGAUUCAGGCCAUAAUGAUUGGAGAAAUCAUAUUGAUGGAGCCAGAACGAUCAUCAGAGCCGUCUUGGGAACUAACGCAUCCUUGUCACAUACAAUGAGUCCUUUUCGUGCUUGCUUGGUCUCAAAUUGGAUGANNUUCGACAUCCUUGGCUCCACGAUCACAAACGGAAAGGCCACGACAUCUUCCGAGGGACCUUUGGAUCACACCUCUCACAACGUCGCAUCGUUGCUCCGAGACGCCGAGGGCAACCACUGCUCUUCAUUCCCCUCCCUUCUCCUUCAAAUUUUGCAAGCCGGAGCUCGACUCGGUUACAACGCAUCUGGCACCGUCACGACGAGGCAANAAGAAAUCUUUCUACUCAUAUGUCUGGCCAAAUCUUUUGAUCCUCUUGCUUGGGCCACGGAACUCCAAUCAAGGUCACCCUGCGCAGAUGUCCAGCAGCGGACGCACAUUGCCCGCGCACACAAAGCAGCCGUGACCAUAUAUCUGUCUCGUGUGCUGUUGUCCUUGUAUCUCACCACAAAGCCUUCGUGCGACUUUGAGGCGCUGGUCACUGACAUUGUCGACAACAUCUCUCGUGUCACCAAGGACGACGCACUCUUCACCGCAACGACUUGGCCGGCUUUUAUCGCCGGAUUGGAAACUGACGCCGCCGAGGAACAACAAUCGAUUGCAUCGAGAUUCGAGCAAUUGUGGGAGAUUGAGCCCUGGGGACUCAUGCGGGGAGCUCUCAGAACCUUGGAAACUUUGUGGACCAUCAGGAAAUCGAGUGCCACACAGGAGAGAAAAGAUUUGAAUUCAAAAGAGAGUAUAAAAGAUGGGAAUUGGAUACAGUACUUGAGAGACUCGGGUGUAGAUUGGCUUAUUAUU